AUGAUAGACCGCUUACUGGCUGUGUUCUUCUUUCUGCAUCAUGUCGAUGGCAAUUUGUGGUCGGAAACGGCGCGAAUGGCAGAUCUGCAACAGGUAAAUUGAUUGUUAAAGGUAUUUUGUCAGUAAUGGUUGUUACUACAAUUGAAAACUGUUGUAUUUAAACUAACUUUUUAAUCAUUUAUCAAAUUGAAAAUUGUUUUAAUCGUUAAUAUAAAUUUUUUAAUUUAGUGGAGGAUGUUGUGUGACCGGUAUCAGGUGUCGCGUGCUUAUAUGGAAGACUCUAAUGCCAGGGUAACCGUCUUUGCGCCGGUAAACGAUGUGUUCUUGUACAAUCCUGACCUGAGAGCGAUGGAUCAGAAGGAAACGCUGAGUCAUAUCAUAGACACUCAAGUAGUGGAGGUCAGUGAAGGGAAGCGGUGGGAGAAGCAGACUCUGAUCAGAAGUACCAUCAACAGUGGCUACGUUUACAUUACUCAGUUCGAGAACAAUCCCGGUAACUUUGUAAGUCAUUUCAACUGCAUGUAAAAUGUUUUUGAGUUUCAUUUUUUGUUUUUAAAUAAAAACUAUAAUUCGAAGUAUCAUUACAACUUUAAAAAUUCAAAACUAUGAUAUUUAGUCCUACUUUGCGAAUUCUGGUCGACUUUGUAACCACGAAUCGAAUCAAUGGGGAAUUAUCAGCGGAGAACAGUACCUCUACAAGACAUGCACUCCCAUGGGACAUCGACCCUACAUGGGGACAGCUUUGUCGUUCAUUAGAGAUGAUGACAACACCAUAUUUGUGGAUCGACAAUACGACAACAGAGAUCUGACGUUAGUUUUAGAUAGUUAUAGUAGCCUUACGUAGUAUUAUAAUAGACUGAAUUGUUCUUACCCAAUGUUAUCAUUAAUCUUAUGAUAACCUUAGGUUUACAAUUAUUAAAAUUGAUUUAAAAUUUGUUAAACUGAUCUCAUCAAUGAGUCUACAACAUCAUUACAACAUCAAAUUUCAGUGAACUCCGUGACAUCCUCAACCGAGUCCCAGACAUAGCAUUAGUGAUAUACGGUAGUUCGGCGUGGAAUGGUUUCCAUACCUUCUUCUUACCGAGUAACAAAGCGUUCGCCAAAGUAAUCGACCGUAAUCGAAUCGACCGUGAAGUUCUGUUGGCCCAUGUGACAGGAAUGAAUCGAGUCUUGUUCACUUGGCCUUGGUUGUACGAUGGAGGAGUGCACUUCUAUCCGUCAGUAAGAUUCUCGUCCAACAUAAUCGAAGACAACUUCAAGGUGAAGUUGACCAUGAGGAACAUCACAGACCACAGGACGGGACGGUGGGAUUGUAAGUUGUUGAUGUCUUCUUAGAACUCUUGCAGAUUGGCUUAAACUAUAAUAUUUUAAAAUAUUUUUAUGUUUACUUUGGCACUUACAUUUCCGAUUCCAGUGUACGUAGUAUCAGAAGUCUACGAACGGUACUCCCACUUCAGACGUGGUGCCGUCUGGGCUAAAGUUCUUGUCCCAAACAUUCCAGUCCAGAACGGCGUUGCUCACGUUAUCGAUAACGUUCUCGGCAUCGUUUCAAUGACUAUCGACCAGAUGCUGACUGACAAUUACCGUUGUACCACGCUGAUGCGCUACAUCAACACGAUAGGGCAGAUCGUGAGGAAUUACUUCUCGGCUACAGGAGGUCUGGUCACCUUCUUCGCUCCGUGGAAUGAAGCAUUUGAACGGAUUCCAGAAGCCAUCGAACGAAGACUUCUGAGAGACAGAAUCUGGCUGGAGCAGGUCCUGAAGUUACACAUUGUGCCGGCUAAAGAGUUGACUACGGAUGAAAUUACUAAUGAAACGAUAGUAUCUACUAUUGACAACAUGCGACAUCUCUACUUUAUCCGAGGAGAGUGGCCUAAAAACAACAUCAGUAAGUUUACUGUAAUGUAGUUAUAACUUGUUAUGAAUUUUUAGAAAAUUUCGUAUUUUAUAAAAAAUUGUAAUAUGUGAAACAGUUUACAAUAGUAACUCAUAAUUUUAUUUUAAUCUUGUUUUAUUUUACUAUUACUACGACUGUUUUCAGCGUACUAUGUGGUAGGUGGUGGAGUGAAGACUGCGAUUCAGAUGGACAAUAUCGCUGCUACAAACGGCAUUAUUCACUACAUCGAUCGGGUACUGGGCGUACCGUAUCAGUCGCUGUGGGAAAUUAUGAGAAACGAAUCUCGACUACAGUAAGCCAUCACAAUAAUUACUGUAACAUAAACACCAAGUCCUAUAAAAUGAUAAGGAGACAGAUAACAGUUUUUGGCGGUACAAUGAGUACUUUGUUUUUACAUAGUUAUAUGUAGUAUGUGAAUAAUUGGAAUAAAUAUUUAUUUAGAAUAAGCAAAAACAUGAUGGAGAACAUCCAGUUGCGCUACUCUUUGGAUCCAUGGCAAGUCUUGACUCCAGAACAGAACUUCACCUUCUUCGUACCGACAGACGAAGCUUGGGAAAAGGUAGGUCUUGUUACGAUAUCUUAUGUGAUGGCUUUCUUUUUGAAGCUUUGGAACUCGAUAAGUAUAACACCAUAAGAAUUGUAUGCUUUUGAAAACUGUUUUAUGUAAAAAUACUUUGAGAGUUGCUACAAGCGUUAAUCCAGAGUUAGAUAGAUCAUGACAAGAAACCAUAGUAUUACAAGUUAAAACAUAUUAUUAUAGGUUGCACCAGCCUUACGGAAUCGAAUGACAGAUGGCAAUCAUUGGCUAGCGUUACAGUACGUCUACAAACGACAUCUUGUACAAGGACAAGCCUUGAUGUACACGGACUUGAGAGAACGGACCUAUAUCAUGAUGAAUGAUGAGAAAGUGGUCAUACGAAGGAGGGGCCGAUGUAAGUUUAUCGCAUUUACGUUCAUUGGAAAGUUCAAGUUUUUUCAUUAUUAUUCUUACAUCUAUUUUCUACUAUUGACAAUAUGGGACAUUUAUCUUAUCAUUGUUACUAUAAGAUCUAUACGACUGCAACUAUCGUAAAGUAUCUUUAUCAAUAUCAUAUCACAAAAGCCUAUACAAGCCUAUACUUAAUCCUAUAUAUUCAGACUUUGAAUUGUAUUGGCCUCGAGGCAACCGGGUGGCGCGAGUGAUAGAAGGUGGAGAGAUCGCGGGCAUCAACGGGUUCAUGCACAUGAUAGACAACGUCCUCAUUUACGAACCUGACUUGAGAGCGGAAGCAGCUACCAUCAUACCAUCUGUCAUCUUCAACAUAACAGCCUAUAUAACACUGUGGCUAACUGGCAGGUGGAUGUUCGGUUGUCGAUUGGCCCUGUGGUUAUCACUGAUGAGACUUUUGGUACACUGUCAGGGAGUAAUGUGA